AUGAAGCUGAUCAUGCAAACAAGUGAAGACACAAGGUCGUUUAGUACAAAGAAAGCUCUACUUCGUGAUUUGGCUCGUAGGGAGUUGGCUGGAGUCUCAGAUGUUGUGGUCACAGGCUUGGAUCUGCCCGAGGGCUUUAAAGUGCCUAAAUUUGAAAUGUUCAAUGGGCCAGGCAACCCCAAGGCCCAUCUACGAGCCUAUUGCGACCAACUCGUUGGAGUGAGAAAUAACCCAGCGCUGAUCAUGAAGCUUUUCAGCCGAAGCUUAACCGGAGAAGCUUCCGAAUGGUUCACCGCACAAGAUAUGCGUCAAUGGGCCUCCUGGGAAGACAUGGUGGAGUCCUUCAUGGAAAGAUUUCAUUUCAAUGUGGAAAUAGUACCAGACCGGUACUACUUGGAAAAGGUAAAACAAAAAUCCACUGAGAACAAUCGUGAAUAUGCAAACAGGUGGAGAACCAAAGUUGCUCGGGUACAACCGCCAAUGAGCGAGGAGGAACUAGUCGUCGUUUUCAUAGGGUCCCAAGAAACGAAUUUCUAUGAUCGAAUGUUGUUAAUGUCGGGAAGGCCUUUAUCCGAACUGGUAAAAAUGGAAGAAGCCAUAGAAGAUGGCCUCAAAUCGAGGAGGAUUAUACGCAUGGUCAGCAAAGUCAUUGGACAAAGUACUAAGGGACAGGCUAGGAAGAAGAAAGAGAACGUGGAAAAUGUUUCCCAAACCCCUAGCCUAAAGCCCAAAAGAAAGGAAGAAUUCCAAUCUCCUAUUGAAGUCUACCAAUCGCCACCCCCAAAUGCCUAUCUACCCGCACAAUACAAUCCAGUGCCUGUCUUUUAUGCACAACCCAAUUUCCAAUCACCACCAUAA